AAGCCAAGAUCUGUAAAAAUAAAACAGUGACUAACAUAUAGUUAAAAAGAGUAAAGCUAUAAAUAAACGUUCUCCUUUCAUUGAACGGAACCCUGCGGCAACACAUUUAAAGUUCUAACGCGGUCCGGGCAGUAAUUUUCCGCAAAGUGACAACCGCAGGGAGAGUUAUUUGAACGCAAAUUUAAUUUGCCGUGCUGCACACAACCGGCACAACGCCGUGGUGAAUCAUAUAUUUUGUCAACAAAAAGCAAACUUAUCGAAAAGUGAAACUAUGGCGAAAAAUGCUUUAGCAGAAUAUCUGGUUUUAGAAGCUUCUGAUUUCACCAAAGAUGGAUGUAAGCAAUGCUAUUCAUUCCAUAAGUACAGACUAAAAAAAAAUUAUGUAAAAGCACGCGCCACAGACAUUACAGGGUUAGAUAGACGAUAUAUGUGUCCCGUUUGGUUGUAAUAUAAAUGUGCGAUUAAACAAACACACACUAUUUAUAGUUUUGUGUUGCACCAGUGGAAAAGGGCAUCCGUUUCCACUGGUGAGAUUAAUCCGCCAGGCAAAAUGUGUGUGUGUUUGGUCAACAAUAGCUUUCAGCGCCUACCUGAAUAGGUGCAGCAUAGGCUGGCUGUUUGGUUUAUGCCAGACGUAUGCUUCACGUUUGACACCUGCUACCUGUAAAAUGAAAGCAGUUGCAGAGUUUGGGAACACUGCUCCAAGCUUGAAGAUCAAGCACGAAGAAGGAUGGAUUAAGUGUUGAGUUGGAAGUUGGUCUUUCGUUACUCGCAUUCGUCGACACAUUCGCGGUGGAAGUAGAACUGAAAUCAAAAUGGUUAAACGACAAAAUUCGCGUGUUUCCAAUGGAAAUGGUCAUUACAAUCGUCUAGAUUUGCCGCCCCGCGGUCCAGUGGAAUCUCUCAUCUAUUGGCGUGACGUAAAGAAAUCGGCGGUGGUAUUCGGAGGGGGCCUUGCCAUCCUGCUGGCCAUGUCGCUGUUCUCGCUGAUCAGCGUAUUUUCGUACCUAUCCUUGCUGCUACUGUUCGGAACUAUCUCAUUCCGGAUCUAUAAGAACGUUCUGCAGGCCGUGCAGAAAACCUCCGAGGGUCACCCAUUCAAGGACUACUUGGAACUGGAUCUUACCUUGUCGCAGGAGAAGGUACAACAGCUGGCUACCGUUGCCGUGGCUCACGUGAACGCUUUAGUGACCGGAUUAAGGCGCCUAUUUUUGGUAGAGGAUCUCGUAGAUUCGAUCAAAUUUGGAGUUUUGCUGUACUGGUUGACAUACGUUGGAGCACUGUUCAAUGGAAUGACAUGCGUUAUGAUCGGAUUUGUGGCUCUGUUCACCUUGCCAAAAGUUUACGAAAAUAACAAACAGUCCAUUGACACCCAUUUAGAGAUGGUUCGAAGCAAAAUUCAGGAAAUCACAGAAAAAGUGAAGGCAGCUGUCCCAUUGGGCAAGAAAACUGAAACCGAGAAAACUAAGUAAAACCAAGUAGCCGUCGUGUUUGAAGGCACACACACUCACACACAGACAGACACACAACAAGAGUCAUCAAUGGAAAAGUUGCUAAAAAAGAUAUUAUUAGCAUUCGAAUACUUGCUGUUGUUUGUACUUUGCUUUUGAAGUUUUAUGCCACCUAUUUUGUUUGAAUCUGCUUUGUAAUGCCAUCAUCGAACGAGUUUUACUACAAGAGGUGAAAAUCAAAAUUUAAAAUUACCGUAGACUUCCGAACAAAACACUAAUAAUGCAGUUCUUAAAUGGAACACGAACAAAAGCGGAAGUCGGGGCAAGAAGUCUAUGGAUGUGUCGCGUGCGCGAAUAGAGUCGUCAUUGAGAUUAUGUGGUUCGCAUUCUUGGCGUAAGAAAUAGUGUUACUCUCAUAAGAAAAUAUAACAUACCUUGAAAUUGCGUGUGAUUGUAAUGAAAUUGAGCGUUACGUAUGCUUUAUUGGCACGGCCUUAAUGUCAUGGUUUUGGUUAAACUCCUCACCAUCAUUACGUUGUUCGCGAAACUUUGACAAAUCGUCGUUGUUUUAUUAUUAUGUUUUUAAAAUUUCGCUUGCCUUCCGUAACGACAGACAGAUUUGAUUGCAGAAGAAAAAGGAGCAAAAGCUAUAGGAGGUCGAUACAACACUUCAUGUAGAAUUUACAGCACAUGCUUAAAUUAAAGUAUAGAAACAUCGGAAACAAAAAUCAAUAUAACAAAUCUCAAAUAUGGAUAAAAUAAUCUGCAUUACAGUAAAUGUUUCGCCAUAGCUAGAAAAUAAAACUACAGACCUUUCUAUCUUAAUAACAA